GAUGGAUCCGCCGUCAGUCGACUUUGGUAUGUUAUCGCGAACGCACGAAAAGUGGAGUCCGCCUGAUCUUCGGGUUCGAUUUUCUCAGACAAGUUCGAUUUUUGAAUUCUAGUGUGGUUUUUCCCAGUGUGUGGGAGUGAGGGUUUUGGACCGAAUUCGGCAAACCCACAUGACACCACCAGACCACGAGUGUUUCGAAUUGAUACGUCUGCUAUAUUUAAUAAACGUAUCACAGGAAAAUUAAACAUAAUCUCUGGAUCAGACAGAGAGGCGUAGCGUUCGUUUCCCACGCUGCAUUAUUCGGUGUCUCUGUCGAGGUCAAUUAUGUCCGCGGCCGUUAGGAGUGGCAUAGCGCAGCGGAACAAUUUAUUAGAAGAAAGUGACGAAGAUGAACAGUGUUUAAAGAAGAGUGGAAAUUAGUUUCGAUGGGCGAGUAAAUGGUGAACAUGCACAGCUACCAUGGCACACUACGACCGGAGGUACAGUAGGCGAAGACGAAGUUACCUUGCGGUAUUUGCACCGUAUGUCCUGUGUAAGCGAUGGAAACCCGACCGGCAAUGAUGGUGAUAACGAUGAAAAAUUGCAUUUGGCUGGAACUUGUGUCUAGUAUAAUGGGGAUGCUUUUAGAGUAGAAGCAAAUUACACUACGGACGCAGCGGAAGUUGAUUUUGCGAAACAAAAUUGUGCAAAGUACUGUGGUAUGAAUAAGUGUUCGUUCUGGAAACGCAUAGUGGUUAGCGAAACAUUUGAACUAUAACAGCUAGUACUGAAAUUUAGAGCGAAAGUGAUUUUGAAACUGUUAACUCAUUAGAUUAAUUAGUGCAGUUUUCUAAUUUCUAAGUCAAACAAAUGUGACAACCGUCUCAGUAGUGUGACUACAGGUGUGUAAAAAUAACCGUUAGUAUUUUUACAUUUGAAAAUGUUUUCAAUUCAAGUUUUAGGAAGCAAACCGUCAGUGAUGUAAGGCACGAGCAGUUUCUGUGAACGAAAAUCGGUGUUUUUUUGCGUAGAAAAAAGAUUGAUCCUAACCAGAGCGAAACAUCAGCUGAGAAGGAAAAUGAGGUGAAAAACAUCAAGCAGUAAGUGUGCACCGUCUUCCAAAAUAGCGCAUUGGACGCGGAGUGAGUUUUCAAUACCAGAGACGGUAUUGCCAUUAUUUUUAACGGAUAAGACGAUCAACGCGCAAUAACGAAUAAGAAAAUCACGGCCAACUGCAAUCACGAUCCGGGAUUCGACGGGUAAUAGCACAGUCUGUAAACACGGUGCGGUCCGAGGGCAAACGACAACUGCCAAACUUGCAUAGCAGAAAGAUCCUACGCGAAGAUAAAGUUAGUGAAAAACCACCAUUUUCACCAGAGUACCAGCGUCGUCCGAGCUUUGGCUGCUUUGAUGUGUGCGCGCACGCCAUUGAACGGAAAGAACAACUUCAGCGCCUACUGAUGCUAUGUGACUGGCUGUGGCAUUUGUUACCGAACAGACCCCAAAGUUCACAAGUGGUUAUUUCGGUGAAUUUGAGGACCGUAAAUGCAGUGAGAAUAAUGCUUAGAGAAUGGCAAUUGUAUCAGUGAUACCGGUUUCCAACAUUACACACUCCAGUGACAAUGGCAAUGGGACGGCGAAUGGAACUACCGGCGUUAGUGAUGGUGGGGGGGACGCUGGGGGAUCAGUCGGUGGCUGUCCCCGUCCCGAUGAUACACUAUAUCCUAGUAUGUUUGGAAUUGACCUUGCUGUACCGCAGUGGGAAGCGAUUGGAACCGCAUUGGUACUGACACUCAUCAUCAUCAUUACCAUCGUCGGUAACGUGUUGGUGAUUUUGAGUGUGUUCACGUACAAACCUCUCCGGAUAGUACAAAACUUCUUCAUCGUAUCUCUGGCGGUGGCAGAUCUGACUGUUGCCAUCCUGGUGCUGCCCUUCAAUGUAGCCUACUCGAUAUUGGGCCGCUGGGAGUUUGGUAUUCACGUCUGCAAGAUGUGGCUAACUUCCGACGUUCUCUGUUGUACUGCUUCCAUCCUGAACUUGUGUGCCAUAGCACUAGAUAGGUACUGGGCUAUUACCGAUCCAAUAAAUUAUGCCCAGAAACGAACCCUGGAGCGUGUGCUGGCAUUGAUUGCCGGUGUGUGGAUACUAUCAUUGGUAAUUAGUUCACCACCGUUGAUCGGCUGGAAUGACUGGCCGGAGGAAUUUUCCAGUGAAUUCCCAUGUCAAUUAACGAGCAAUCAGGGUUAUGUCAUCUACUCAUCGCUUGGGUCGUUCUACAUCCCGUUGGUCAUCAUGACAAUUGUGUACAUCGAAAUCUACAUAGCGACCCGGCGGCGUCUCCGGGAAAGGGCACAGGCUUCCAAGAUAAAUACUCUGGCCAGCAGAAGCAUCGGAGUGAUAGGCGGUAAGGAACUGGCAACCGCUCAGCAUCAUCCACCGGAUCGAGAAUCAAUUAGCAGUGAAACCAACCACAACGAACAUCCGAACAAUAGUACCAGCAGUAGCAGCACCGAUCACAGGUCCCAGCGUAAGCGGAAGAAGAAAGCCAAGGAAAAGAAGGAAGCCAAGGAGGCUGCUAAGCGUGCCAAGCAGGAGGCGGAAACUCAACUCCGAAUGGCUCUCCGGGAUGAAGAAUCCGUCACGGAGUAUCCGGAGAAUUCGUCCAUGGGUAAAGCAAACUGUGAUAUAAAAUUGGCCAUCGAUCCGAACGGGAUUGCGGCGACGGGUGCAGAAACAGCGGAGGAAAGCGGUGGAGCUAAUCCAACUAUCGCUAAUACUACCACCAACGGGGAUGGCACCGUUGGCGAUACAAAAUCCAAAAAAGCCGUGGUUACCCGAGGACGGAUGAAACAGUCGUUCCGGAAGGCUGGAGGCCUUAAUCAGUUUAUCGAGGAGAAACAGAAAAUCUCCCUUUCGAAGGAACGGCGAGCGGCGCGUACGCUCGGCAUCAUCAUGGGAGUUUUUGUGGUUUGCUGGUUGCCCUUCUUCCUCAUGUACGUGAUCCUGCCGUUUUGUCCAACGUGCUGUCCGACAAAUAAGUUAAUUAAUUUUAUCACAUGGCUUGGUUACAUCAACUCUGCUCUAAAUCCUAUUAUUUACACAAUAUUCAAUUUAGAUUAUAGGCGUGCAUUCAAACGGCUCCUGGGUAUCAAACCAUAGUUAGGAGAUGUACAAUGGCGAUAACUACGUUUUAGAAUGGCACAAACAAACGUCAGAUGCCAACCUCGCAGAACUUUUUGCCCGCAACACUAUUCACCGUCAUCAAAAAUCCAUUAUCAUUCGGUACGGGGAACCCACCAGCUCAGGAUGGUUCUUCGGAAGUAUGCUAGACUUAGGAUAGAAAGUAAUUGAAUGCCAUUUCCCACAAUUUCUUUCGAGAGCCCAAAAGGAAUUGUAGGAAAGCCAAAUGAAAUAUUUAAUAUCGAGAUGCAGAAGAGAAAAAAAAACAAAUUGCCGUCUCGCACAAAAUUGUAAAUAGCCGAUUCGAUGCAGUAGGAACCGCUACGAAUGCUCAUUGUUGAAAAAAAAACCAAAACAAGGAUAAAAACCGUGGCCAAAAUUCACAAAGCGUUUCACUCAGACUUCAGACAGAGUCUGGUACUUACCAUAUAGAAGCACACUGUUAGGGAGAUAGAAUGUUGCUGUUUGUAUCGUUCUUAUUUUUUAUUGUACCUGUUGCUAGUGAAUGUCUAAAUUCUAUAGAAAAGCAAAAUAACUCACUUUGUAAAGAUGAAACUUGUAACAUAAGUAGAUAAUGUUUCGUGAUUAGUAUAUACAAAUCAAAAAGGUGCUAUAAACCUUAUUCGACAAAAAAAAAACAAAUCAAGCAAGUAAAGAGUGAAGAUAAUGAGCACAUUUUUAGUGAUACUUAAAGCAUCAACACGUACAGCAGCAUUCGCACCAAGAAACUAAUGCUGGCGGUUAACAAGAAGAAAACUAAGUGUAUAGAAAGAAUUUAACGGGUUAAACAGAAAACUUAACAAGUAAGGUAAGCAACUCUUGUAGAAAGAAUAAUUGAACAAAAACAUGUUUUGCUUUGAUCAAUUAUCCAAAUCGAAGGACAACAUUGUGAGAUAUCGGUUUUGGUUUAGUUUGGUAGCCCGAACAUGACGAACCGGAACGGAAGUUGGAAAUUUUCAAACAUGAACAAAAUAAUAAACUGCUAAAAUAAACACCGUUUGUAAGAUAUCAUGGAUUUGAUCAUAUGAUAAUUGAAGUGUAAGACGAAAACAUGGUUGAUUCAAUAAAAACAAUGAUUUUGA